GACCACGUCCUGUUCAAUCCCGCCCUGUGGAUCUACACGCCGGCAUCAGUGCAGACCAGACUCUACUCCUAUUUAGCGACGGAGUUUCUGUCUGACACGCAGAUCUACUCCAACGUGCGCAGAGUGUCCACAGUACUUCAGACUGUGCAUACGUUGAAGUACUAUUACUGGGUUGUAAAUCCGAGAUCAAAAAGUGGAAUUUUACCAAAGGGAUUGGACGGUCCCAGACCGGCUCAAAAGGACAUCUUGGCAAUCCGAGCGUACAUUCUACUCUUCCUCAAACAGCUCAUUAUGAUCGGCAACGGCGUGAAGGACGACGAACUCCAAAGCAUCCUCAACUAUCUCACGACGAUGCACGAGGACGAGAAUCUGCACGACGUCCUCCAAAUGCUUAUAUCGCUCAUGUCCGAGCAUCCCUCGUGCAUGGUGCCGGCUUUCGAUGCCAAACACGGCGUCAGAACGAUCUUCAAACUGUUGGCUUCCGAGAGUCAAUUGAUCCGGCUCCAGGCACUGAAGCUGUUAGGAUUUUUUCUUAGUAGGAGUACGCAUAAGAGGAAGUACGACGUGAUGAGUCCUCACAAUCUAUAUACGCUGCUCGCCGAUAGGCUGCUUUUGAAUGAAGAAUCGUUGUCGUUGCCUACUUACAACGUGUUGUACGAAAUUAUGACUGAACAUAUAAGCCAGCAAAUUUUAUAUACGAGGCAUCCUGAACCGGAGUCGCAUUUUAGGUUGGAAAAUCCAAUGGUACUGAAAGUAGUUGCUACUCUGAUUCGUCAAUCAAAACAAACCGAUCAGUUAAUCGAAGUGAAGAAGCUUUUUCUCUCUGAUAUGACAUUGCUGUGCAACAACAACCGAGAGAACAGGAGGACAGUUUUGCAAAUGUCAGUGUGGCAAGAGUGGCUCAUCGCCAUGGCUUACAUUCACCCACAAAACACCGAAGAACAGAAGUUAUCCGAUAUGGUGUACGCCUUAUUUCGAAUGCUCCUACAUCAUGCCAUUAAAUACGAAUACGGAGGCUGGAGAGUAUGGGUUGAUACUUUGGCUAUUGUACAUUCAAAGGUGUCUUACGAAGAAUUUAAGCUGCAAUUUUCGCAAGUUUACGAACACUACGAAAGACAUCGCGCAGACCAAAUUACUGAUCCCCAGUUAAGACAGCAGCAUCCGAUCAGUACAAUUUCAGGAUGGCACGGUCAGCCUCCAAACAUGCACAACGGUUGUCACGCUGACGAAGAGAAUUGGCACAGCAGUCGGCCGAUCAUUCAAGAGAUCGAAAUGAACGAAAACGAUAAAAGCGAGCAAGUUUGUAGUUGCGACUACAAUUCGACUAUUUCCGAAGGCAGUCCAGUUUCGUACAUCGCUAAACACGACGACAGUGAAGGUGUUUCUCUAGAUUCCAGGACUAGUGACUUAUUUAGUGAUAACAAAAUCGGGAAAGAUUCUCCUUUUUCGCAGGAUUCACCUCUCAAAUCGCAAAUAGAAGAGGAUACGUCCGUUGGAUCGCCUUUAUGUAACGGGAUACAUACGGGAAGUAGUACGAGUUACGGUAGUCCAGCCAAAAGCGAAGAUCAACAGAAAACUAAAAUUAUUGAAGAAAUCGUUCAAGAAAUUCUAUCCAAAUCUGAAAAACUUCUAGAAGAGCAAGGCGAUAUUCCAUACUUAAACACCGACGUUGAUAAGGUAUCUGAGGUUCAUGAUAAGGAAGUUAUUGAUAUUAUAGAUGACUCAAAGGUCGCAGAACUAAAUGCUAGAAAUAUAGAAAAACAGCUCAUUAAGGAAGAACUGAUCCCGGUGAGCCCGGUUAAAAGUAUAGGUAAUGAAAAGGAACUUCUCGACAGUGAAUCAGAACGGUACUUAACUCCAACGGAAGAAAUCAUAGAGAAGAAGGAUCCUGAAUCAGAAAUUAAAGAACAAAGUGAUACAUUGUUAAGCGAAGUGAAAUCGGACACUGGUAACAGUGAGCCAACCUCUGUAAAUUUAGACGUAAAAUUAAAAGAAGAAGGACAGGGUGAUGUUAGUGAUAAAAUUAAUCUUAGUAAUAGUGAAAUUGCAAUUAAUAAAUCUAACGCUGUGCCAAUUGUUGAAAAUAGUGCUGUGUCUGUAGAAAUAGAGCCGUCCAACCAAAACAAUUCUAGUCUACAAGAAAUAAACAUUCCAAUCGGUGAUAAUGUCGAUUCUAAAAUUAAGCUAGAGUACGAAGAGGGCACUACCGGGGAACAAGUGCCUGUUGUUGAGAAAAUACCGACAAUUUCGCAAUACUGUGAUCCUAGCUAUUCCGCUACCACUAAUACCGCUACGAAUACCUCUGCCGAUAUUGUCGAUAGCGUCGUGCCGAAAGAGGAAGUUAUAGUUACUUCGGAGAGAAACGAAGUGCCUCAAUCGGAAGCUCGCAGGCGAAUAAGCCUUCCAUCUAAUCACAUAGAAUCCCAAACCGAAGAUCUUAGUAGUAAUUCACACGUGCCUCAAGCUUCGCCCCAAAGGAGACCUAGGAGCGCCUCCAUUUCUACCCAAGUAGAUUCCAAUCAGUUUGAACCGAGAAAUAGGAAAUCGGACUCAUCAGGCAGGCCGAUGUUUAGUCCUGGCCCUACAAGACCUCCCUUUAGAAUACCCGAGUUCAAGUGGUCCUACAUCCACCAGCGUCUUUUGUCCGACGUGCUGUUCUCUCUGGAAACGGACAUUCAGGUGUGGAGGAGCCACUCCACCAAAUCGGUUCUGGACUUUGUGAACAGCAGCGACAACGCCAUCUUUGUCGUCAAUACCGUUCACUUGAUAUCCCAGCUCGUAGACAACUUGAUCAUAGCUUGCGGUGGAUUGUUACCCUUACUAGCUUCUGCUACCUCACCAAAUAGCGAAUUAGAUGUUAUUGAACCUACCCAAGGCAUGCCUAUAGAAGUGGCUGUUAGUUUUCUGCAAAGACUAGUCAAUAUGGCUGACGUACUGAUUUUUGCCAGUUCUCUGAACUUUGGAGAACUGGAAGCAGAGAAAAACAUGUCCAGUGGAGGAAUUUUAAGACAGUGUCUCAGAUUAGUAUGCACCUGUGCCGUACGAAAUUGUUUGGAGUGUAAAGAGAGAAGCAGGCCGCACCACGCAAUUGCACCCACAACUACUUUAAAUUCCAAUCACAAGGCGGCGCAUUUGCAAUCGUUUAUACGAGGAGUCCAGAACUCCCCUAAGAAUAUGGCAGACAAUCUAGCCAGUCAGUCCAGCCCAGUUAAAGAUCCAGAGAAACUGCUCCAAGACAUGGACGUGAACCGUCUGCGCGCCGUCAUUUAUAGAGACGUGGUGAGAACGUUUAUACAGGAGGAGACCAAGCAGGCCCAGUUCUUAUCGCUGGCGAUCGUGUACUUUAUAUCGGUGCUGAUGGUGUCCAAGUACAGGGAUAUUUUAGAGCCGCCCGUGUCCGUUAGAGUGCCUAGCCCGUUACCGAUUAGAAGUAAUGGCACUUCUCAUCAUUCGGGAAGCCCACAGGAAGGGAGUGCGCGACCUCUAUUCCCCCAAUGGUCCCACCACGUCUAUCCCCAAUUCCUUCCCGGUUCCCACCCCAACGCCGUGUCGCACCACGUGUACAUGCGACACCGGCACCACUCCUACGCCAAACACAAUCACUACAACCUCAACAACAAUCACCAUUCCCACUAUCACAACCACAAAAUCGAUCACCGUUACCACAGAAAUUCUAUGGGUGGUAGAACAGCUCCUAGAGCUCUGCACCAUCAUAACCAAGAAGAUGGCGACUAUGACGUCAUUACCGCCUACGUUAUGGACGAUACCAAUUCUCUGAAUCAAGAAAACGAGUUAAAUUCUGGUCCAGCUUCAAUUAAGGUAAACGCUAGACAGCGCCCCUCUUUGGGACAUGGGUUUACUGUAGAUUACACUUUGGACGGGAUAAGGCAUGCUCGAGGUUGUAACAGUGCUCAUGUUAUAAAAAAGAGUACGGAUUCCGUGGAAGACAUCAAUUCAGUAAACUCGGCGGACACCAACAAUGUUGGAUCCAACACGGACAUUCCCGAAGAUAACAAAAUAUCAGCAAAUGACGAGAACUGGACCGAUAUUAACCUAAACGAAGAGGAUGCCCGAACUGACUUAAAAGAAGAAGCUAGAAACGCCGAGAACAUUUCACAUUCUCACGGUCUAGACUUGGAAGGAAACAUAGAAAAUACCUCUCCAGACCGAGGCGAAAAACAUUUAGGCCAAAUCUCAGUGGUGCGGGUCCCUGAAAACUUGCUACAAGCUCCCACCAGCCAAAUCAGACCAGAUGAACUUCCAGUCAGCAGUUUGGUUGAUCACAUUUCGAUACCCACACCGUCCAGAGAAGCCUCCUUGACGCAGAAACUGGAAAUGGCUCUUGGUUCAGUCUGUCCCUUGUUACGAGAAAUCAUGGUUGAUUUUGCUCCGUUCUUGUCUAAAACCUUGGUUGGAUCGCACGGUCAAGAACUUCUAAUGGAAGGCAAAGGCUUGACCACGUUUAAAAACAGUACGUCGGUCGUAGAACUGGUUAUGUUGCUAUGCUCACAGGAAUGGCAAAAUUCUCUACAAAAACACGCAGGUUUAGCUUUUAUCGAAUUGAUCAAUGAAGGCAGAUUGUUGUCUCACGCCAUGAAAGAUCACAUCGUUCGAGUAGCGAACGAAGCCGAAUUUAUUCUAAACAGAAUGAGAGCGGACGAUGUUUUAAAACAUGCUGAUUUUGAGACUCAAUGUGCUCAAACUCUAAUGGACAGAAAGGAAGAGGAAAGAAUGUGCGAUCAUUUAAUUACAUCGGCCAGAAGAAGAGAUAACGUUACUGCUAGUAAAUUGCUAGAAAAAGUGAGAAAUAUCAUGGCAAACAAGCACGGCGCUUGGGGCUCUGUAGAUAUUAACGAGUACAGAUUAAGUGAAUUUUGGAAACUGGAUGCAUGGGAAGACGACGCGAGAAGAAGAAAACGUUUCGUUCAUAAUCCACUGGGUUCCAGUCAUCCCGAAGCUAGCUUAAAAGCGGCCAUUGAACAUGGUGCCCCGGAAGAUGCCAUUUUACAAGCAAGAGAAGAAUUUCAUGCUCAUUUGGCUGCGACAAGAAAUCAGGGUCAAUGCAGUGAACUGGUUGAUGACAGUGAAUUAUUGACAGAUGACAGAGAUCUAGAUAAUGACCAUAAUGGUCCAAUAAAUAUAAGUACAAAGGCAAAACUAGUUGCUCCAGGAGUCGUGGCACCGGGUAUGCUGUCGAUAACAUCGGCUGAGCUCUACUUUGAAGUGGACGAGGAGGAUGAAGAAUUCAAGAAAGUUGAUAACGAGGUUUUGAAGUACUGCGAUCACCUCCAUGGAAAAUGGUACUUUUCCGAAGUACGAGCAAUAUUUUCCAGACGGUACCUACUCCAGAACAAUGCCAUCGAGAUAUUCCUUGCCAGUCGGACGUCUAUUAUGUUCGCAUUUCCGGAUCAAAAUACUGUGAAAAAGGUGAUCAAUGCCCUUCCAAAAGUCGGUGUUGGCAUAAAGUACGGUAUAGGACAACACAGGAAAGCUAGCAUGAUGUCUCCUAGACAGUUGAUGAGAAACUCGAACAUGACGCAAAAGUGGCAGCGAAGAGAAAUAUCCAAUUUUGAGUAUUUGAUGUUCCUCAAUACCAUUGCUGGUCGAACCUACAACGACCUCAACCAGUACCCCGUAUUCCCAUGGGUGUUAACCAACUUCGAGUCCAAGGAUCUCGACCUGAGCCAACCAACCAACUACAGAGACCUUUCCAAACCUAUUGGAGCUUUGAACCCAAGCAGAAGAGCUUACUUUGAAGAGAGGUACUCAACUUGGGAGCACGAGAGCAUUCCACCAUUUCAUUACGGAACUCACUACUCCACAUCGGCGUUUGUCUACAACUGGUUGAUACGAUUGGAACCCUUUACUACGAUGUUUCUCGCUUUGCAAGGAGGAAAAUUUGACUACCCUAAUCGUCUAUUUUCUUCGAUAGCAUUGUCAUGGAAGAAUUGUCAAAGGGACACGUCUGAUGUGAAAGAGCUUAUUCCCGAAUUCUAUUUCCUUCCCGAAAUGUUUAUUAACUCUAGUAGAUAUCGGCUUGGCGUUGAUGAAGAUGGCAGGCCCAUAAACGAUGUGGAAUUGCCUCCGUGGGCAAAUACUCCCGAAGAAUUUGUAAGAAUUAAUCGCAUGGCUCUGGAAUCGGAAUUUGUUUCCUGUCAAUUACAUCAAUGGAUCGAUUUGAUUUUCGGUUAUAAACAGAAAGGUCCCGAAGCCGUGAGAGCUACUAACUGUUUUUAUUAUUUGACGUACGAAGGAAGUGUUGAUCUGGAUUCAAUUCAAGAUAAAGUUAUGAAAGAAGCCGUGGAAAAUCAAAUAAGAAAUUUCGGUCAAACUCCUUCCCAGUUGUUGAUGGAGCCGCAUCCACCACGCAGUUCGGCAAUGCAUUUAUCCCCAAUGAUGUUCUCCAGCAUUCCCGACGAUGUCUGUAUGACGAUGAAGUUCCUGUCGAACAGUCCGAUCGUUCACAUUUCAGCUAACACUUAUCCACAACUGCCAAACCCUUCAGUGGUGACCGUUUCGAUGCACCAACAGUUUGCGGUCAACAAAUGGAAUUCUGCAUACGCUGCCGUAGCUCAAUCUCCUAGCUACGCAGAGACACCCAAGGACCAGGCAGCCAAUUUGCCAUUAUCCAUGGACCCCGUUCUGUCGCUCACAAAUAACAGCAACCAGCAGAACCAGAUGCUUAGAAGGAAUCUGGGCGACAACUUUAGCCAAAAUCUGAAAAUACGCUCGAACUGUUUCGUUACGACUGUCGACUCCAAGUUCCUGAUCGCUUGCGGCUUCUGGGACAACAGUUUUCGAGUAUUUUCGACGGAGAGUGCCAAAAUUGUCCAGAUCGUCUUUGGUCAUUAUGGCGUAGUGACCUGUCUGUCGAGAUCGGAAUGUAACAUAACCUCCGAUUGUUACAUUGCAUCGGGAUCGGCUGAUUGUACGGUUUUGCUGUGGCACUGGAAUGCCCGAACGCAAACCAUAGUGGGAGAAGGGGAAGUACCGACUCCUAGAGCGACAUUAACUGGACACGAGCAGCCUGUUUCCAGUGUCGUGAUAUCUGCUGAACUGGGGCUUGUUGUCUCAGGUUCAUACAACGGUCCUGUACUAGUUCACACCACUUUCGGCGACCUUCUAAGAUCUCUAGAACCGCCAAGCGGAUUCAAUUCUCCAGAAAAUAUCGCUAUGUCUCGAGAAGGAGUUAUAGUGGUAAAUUAUGAAAAAGGCAACGUGGCUUCGUUUACCAUCAACGGAAAACGUCUUAGACAUGAGUCUCAUAACGACAAUCUUCAGUGCCUGCUCUUAAGCCGUGAUGGAGAAUAUCUUAUGACAGGAGGUGACAAAGGAAUCGUGGAAGUAUGGAGGACAUUUAACUUAGCUCUACUCUAUGCAUUUCCGGCUUGUGAUAGUAGCAUUAGGUCUCUAGCGUUGUCGCAUGAUCAAAAGUUUUUGCUAGCGGGUCUAGCGCUAGGAUCGAUCGUGGUCUUUCACAUCGACUUCAACCGAUGGCACCACGAGUUUCAACAGAGAUAUUGAUGGAAGACCAUCAGGCGACGCAUCAAGAAAAGAUGCUGUCACUUGUCACAUCCAAUACACUACUUAUAGUAUUUGAAUGGUACGUUCUCUUACUUUUUGUAAUUUUAUUUCUGACUCUCAAAACCAAAACUCAAAACUAAAAAUUAAUUGAAAAACACUUUGUGUUUGUCGUCGUUACUUCAGUUACCAUAUUAUAAUUAUUAUACGAGAUUCAGAAGUGUUAUAAUAACUUAGAUGGCGUACUAGUAUCUGCAUUUUAUAAUAGUAAUUCUAGGUAAUAUUUUAUUCCAUUUUUAUUUGUACUGGAUUAUGAAUCGGCUCAGAACAUGGACAUAGAAGAUUCUAAUGAUAAUUUUAAGGAUGUCGAUUAUUUGCUCCUCUAUUGAUUUGAGAAGAAACUUUCAAUGGAACUUUUUAAAGUACUGAUUUAUAUCAAGCUAUCUAUCAACAAUGAAACUCUUUCAUUGUUUAUUUUUAAAUUAUUUGCAUAAUUAGAUCCUUAAAGAAAGUAACUCGUACAACGCCAACGGUGAAAUACUCGUUGGACGAGGAACGUCAUGCAAACCAUAGAUAAAUGAAACAAGUUUAAGUAAAAUGUUUAUUGUAAAAUGCCCAUAAGGACAAUGUAAAUACUAUUUGGCGCUAUUCUUGGAACGGUCGCAUUCCCAAGCUUUUAAUGAUUCAAAUUUAUUACUAUUUUCUUUUAAUUUUGUAAAUAAAAUACAGUUUGAAACUAGAAGCUAGAGAGCUAGCAACGUUUUCGAGAAAGUAUUUUAAGACGUCUGGUCCUUUGGUAUAUCUUUUAUUAUGCUCUCUGGAACAGCGUGUAGGCCAUCUGACUGCCGAUACACGUUGCGUUCACUACUGCGCAUCCAAAGAAGAUUCUAUAUUUUUUACUUAGCGCUUUAAGUUCUAGUAUUGAAUAAAAACCGAGUAAGUCUCCAUUAGCUCGGCGCGUAGAGCUUCCGCCUAUUAAGCGAAGGUCAGUGGUUCGAUACUGGCUGAGGGUGCAACUUUUUUUAUCUUUUUUUCGUUUAUAUUCUGAUAGUAAAGUAUUAAAUAUUUGUUUUUUUUUUAUCACCAGACCGGAUGGCGUUUAUGGGUUUAUGAUCUGUAGUGUAUAUAAGUAGAAUUUGAUACUUUCAUUUGUUUUGAAGGAUUAUUGUGGUAAUUAAUUAUUAGAUAGGUUUAGGAUGGUCUGGCUGCCGCGCCGCGCGCCGGUAGGUUGCGUUCACUAC